AUGGUGAACAAGUUGAUCAAGUCAAGGGAGCUAGUUUUUCCUCUACUCCAAAGACGAGUAGGGAAUGGAGAGACCACAACCUUCUGGGUGGAUAACUGGAUACCGUUUGGUAGCCUUCACACUUAUUUGAAUGCGAGAAGUUCAAGGUUGGGAAUCCCUCAAUCAGCUACGGUCGCAUCCCUUUUUCGCAAUGAUCGAUGGGAACUGCCUCCUGCAAGGACAGAAAAACUAUUAGCUUUGCAGAUUCACUUGACAACUGUUACAUUGGAUGAAAGGGAAGACUUUUAUGAGUGGGAAGUGAAUGGUAGAGUAAAUGGCAGAUACAGCAUGGGAGAGAUUUACAUAUACCUUAAGGGGCCGCAACCGUUGGUUUCCUGGUCUAACGUGAUUUGGACUUCCUAUGGUAUCCCUCGCCAAAGCUUUCUUAUGUGGCUUGUGCUGCUUGAUAGGUGCCCUACGAGAGACAGGAUGAUUAGAUGGGGAAUAGAUGUGAGUCCAAACUGCUUGCUCUGCAAUACUACAAAUGAGAGUAGGAAUCAUUUAUUUUUUGAAUGUGCUUACACUGCUACGAUAUGGGGAGCGAUUGCAGCGAGAUGUCAACUUCGCCCUUUGUUAAACUGGGACUCCACUCUGAUGCAACUGCAGUCUCUGGGAGGUAAUAAAGAUCUGAAGCGCCUUACACUACUUGCGGUUCAAGCCACAAUCUACUGGAUAUGGCGAGAGAGAAACACAAGGAUUCAUCAACAGAUCUUCAAGACUACAGACUCCAUCAUUUCCACUAUCGACAAGCAACUGAGGAACCGAAUUCAGAGUAUCAGGCACCAGAAUCCAUGA